UAGUCUGAACCUACGAAGUCGAUCCUUGGUGUGCCCUUCAAAAAGCAUAGUCCCCAUGCAUGAUGACUCAUACGGCACUUCAAAUACACCUAUAAGGUGUGUGCCGUUCCUGGGAUUAGCACUUCUUGGAUUCGUUAAUUAGAAUAAUUUAUUUCAAUCGUACGGAUCCAGACGAAUUAAUAAUUAUUUUUUUUUGUUUACGUGGAAGCGACCUCCCUUCUCCCCUUACAGUCGCACCUAUACCACACCUUGCAUUUUGGGUGCACUCAUGAAGUGCAAUACCUAGUUUGAGCAACUGCGGCAGUGAAUAAGGAUGAUUAUAGAUUUUUAAUCAUCUAAGCUUGCCUGGCCUCAUAACUUGGAUUUUUUUGUUGUUUUGUUUACGUGGAAGCGACCUCCCUUCUCCCCUUACAGUCGCACCUAUACCACACCUUGCAUUUUGGGUGCACUCAUGAAGUGCAAUACCUAGUUUGAGCAACUGCGGCAGUGAAUAAGGAUGAUUUUAAUCAUCUAAGCUUGCCUGGCCUCAUAACUUGGAUUUUUUUGUUGUUUUGUUUACGUGGAAGCGACCUCCCUUCUCCCCUUACAGUCGCACCUAUACCACACCUUGCAUUUUGGGUGCACUCAUGAAGUGCAAUACCUAGUUUGAGCAACUGCGGCAGUGAAUAAGGAUGAUUAUAGAUUUUUAAUCAUCUAAGCUUGCCUGGCCUCAUAACUUGGAUUUUUUUGUUGUUUUGUUUACGUGGAAGCGACCUCCCUUCUCCCCUUACAGUCGCACCUAUACCACACCUUGCGUUUCGGGUGCACUUUACAAGUGCAAGAGUUCGAGCCACUGCGGCAGUGAAUCGGGAUGAUUAGAGAUUUUUAAUCAUCUAAGCUGCCUGGCUUUAUUACUUGGAUUCCGCGUGAAACCGUUAGCCGCCAAAUUAUUUCGUUCCUUCUGCUUUGAUAAAUUUGCACGAGAUUGAACGAUUAAAGCUUUGAGUAGGAGAAUAGAAUUUUCUCAUUCCAAAAAUUCAUAUGCAUUUCCUAGCACAGGAACUUUGGCGGAAUUCACUACAGGAGAGGCGGAAACAUUUGCGUUUCCUGAUCAAUUCAUUCUACGGUAGAACAGCAAGAAAGCAUCUUUGCUUCCUUCAGGCCACUCACACGGUCGAAUCGUUCCAUCAUUCGCCAGAAUGAAUCGUUCUUGGGAACGAAUGAUAGAAGUGUAAUGGCCGAGGUAAUUUUGAGCGUUCAUAUCUCUGUCUCCGUAAUGAAAUACGGCUCCGUGCAAAUCGUAUCCAUGGUUAUCGAUGAUGAUGUGCGGUAGCGCGAUGACUCUGAAAGAGGUAUUCUUUAGUCCCUCUUCGAACAACAGUAUACCCAACUCGAGGUUAGGUUAGGUUAGGUUAGGUUCGGUUAGGUUAGGUUAUAUUGCCCACCAUCCCACCCCAGGGCCGCAGACGGGACAGGCUGGGGGCCCCCCAUCCGGGCGGAUAGGGCGCCUCUUUCGGCCCUCUUUUAAUCGAAAGGUCCACGCCGCGCGGCGAGGAGCAGAGCGAAUUUUUCUAAGUCCCGAGUCCGUCCUACCUACAGCGGCAAAGAGCAGAGAUUUUUCUAAGUCCAAUCCUACCUACAUAGGGACCCCCAUAUGCAUAGUUUUACACGGCGGCCGCGAGCGCAGCGGCUAAGUUCGAACCGAUGGACGAGGGGUAUGAGACGGCAGCAGCCCGCGGGGGGAAGACGCGGGAGCCGCCGCGCACACUGCCGGGGCUAUAUUCGGCCGGCGGAGGGGCGACCGCCGAGCGCUCCGUAUAUGGCGCGGUGCCCGGGGCAGUUCUAUUUAUAGAUCUAUUUUUAGAACACGGCAGCGCUCGGUGCCAACAGCGCGGAGGCCGCGGUUUCCCGCGCGUUCGGCAGUCAAACAUGGAUUCAGACGCUGACUGCUCGCCGUUGAGUGACUUGUGCUCAUCCGACGAGGAUUCCGUAUUGUGCGUGCGCGAAGCAAAAAGUGAAUUUCUACAAAAACUCGAAAAUGUCAAACCCAGAAGCAAAUAUUUCGGGGACUACGUCCGCCGCCUACGAAAACGACUUUUCGGUAGCCGGGCCGUCGGGAGUGAAACGCCAAAAUAUAAAAAGAAAAAACGCGGAGGACUUGAAGAGAUUUUUUACAACUACUCCAGUGAAAAAACUAAAAGCGAUGACGGAUCGGAUGACGAAUCCCUCGAAGGGAGCGACAUCGGGCACGGUGAAAGAAACAAGAAAAGUGACGAUCGCUCCGAAAGUAGUGGAGAUAUCGGCGUCGGAAUCGGAAACAGAGGUCGACACGGAGAACGCGGAGUGCGGUCAACGGAGUGCGGAAACGAGUCCUCGACGGGAGGACGAGCAGCAGGAGCAGCAACAGCAGCAGCAGCAGCAGCAGGAUCCGGAACCGACGUUCGUGGCAACGCAAGCGUUACAAGACGAAGAAUUGACGAUGAAAGCAGAGAAGAAAAAAGUUUCGGAGAAAAAACGAGCGGAGCAGAGGAAACACAAAGUGAAGACACAUCCGUUGGCUCAAACUUUACAGGAGCUGAUAGCAUUUGCCGACGAGGGGCUAGCUCCCCUGCCUCGUGUUAUAGACGAACUUCGCGGGAUGAUAGCGCACCCGAUGUUUUAUUCGGAGCUUGCAGAUCCCCAACAGAAGGAUCUCUUGAAGAUAAUGAGGGCUUGGGAGUUGAAAAUGAAGAAUCUCAAGAAGCAAGGGAAGCAGCUACGCAAGUGUGGAUGGCAGGAUUUGGAACAAUUAAUGGAAAAAAAACCUUUCUACACGACAUUUACCAGAAUAAAUUUGGACGAAGCGGUGAAGAACUAUGCGUGCGACUCCUGGCUAAACUUAGAGCGGGAACUUAUAUCGUCGCCAGCCACGGAAACCACCUGCACAUAUGUCACGCAUGCGACUACUUCAACUCAACAUGCCGAUGCUACGUCACGAAGGUCAUCAGGAGUAGAUUUGGAAAGUGGGUGGCUAGAUCAAGCACUUGCACACGAAACAUCGGUAUCGAAAGAUGGCGUAAUAUCCCAAUAUAUUUGUCAUCAAGAUCGCGGCACAUCCUUAAGAUUAACCACUCCGGGGGAGAUUGGGUACGAAAUAGUCAAAAUAGAAGUGUACCCCUUCUCCGAAGUGGUAAACGAGGACAGGAUGAAUUGGUGGAGGAGUGCGCGGACGAGAGCUUUGAUACACUUCAAUUCUCCGCUGGACACCGAACUGCAAACAAUCAAGAGGAUUAUAGAUCGGAAGGCCAAGGAGAUAUCCGAGCUGGAAGGGACAGAGAAGAAAGUAUCGCGGGCAUCGACAUCGGACAAAUCGGACAAAGGCAAAGGCAGCACAAGGGCGAAACAAUACUGAACAUGAUGAUGAACUCGGCAGUCACACCGUUAGCAAGAUUCUUUGACAGUCAUUUGUGGUUGGAGUCAACGUACAAGUGGACGGAGGCUUCUCAUCGUCGAAUCUGCGAUUUGGUGCUUCCGAUGCUGUUGCAGUGGCUUCAUCGGCAGGCAGAGGUCUCGCUAGAGGAUUUUUUAGCGAUUCCUUGGAGGCUGUAUUCUUACGAGCGGUGGGUUUUACGGCCUUGGACGGAGGCUUCUCAACGUCGAACCUUCGAUAAAACAGUAGACUGGCGCCUUUGCUUCCUCGCGGCCAUUUACACUCUGAAAUGUCACGGUCAUCGGCUAGAACCACUCUCGUUCCAAACUGCACAACAGCUGUGUGAUGGCAUUCUACGACACCUUUACCGCUAUGAAAUACCGCUGCGUGGAGAUGUGAAUGGAGUAUCGGAAGCACAAAUCCUGCAAUAUGUUGCGCAGGUGCAGCCUCCACCGCCGCCCCCACCGUCCUACCCGCCCGCACUGCAGCCGUCAUACUAUCCAGGGAUUCCAGGGUGGCCCCAUGUUGGGUGGGCGAGGCCUGGGCCCCUGCACGCGCCCCUGCCUCCGAACAUGCCCGCGCCCCUGCCUGCGAACCUGCGUGGAAGUGCUGAAUUGCAGAAGAAAGAUGAUGUUAAGGAAGCAGUACGAGAAGAGAUGCGGAAGUUUAGGGAAGAGGAGAGGAAGAAAGCAGAGAAGAAAGAUAGAGAGAGACAAGAAAGAGAGAAAGCGGAAAGGAGAGAGAGAGAUCGCAGAGAUCGGAGAGAGCGCCAAGAAAGAAAAUUGAAAGAAGAUGAGGAACGAAAGGCCCGGGAGAAGGAGGAAAGAGCGAGGAAGUCAAAAGAAGAAGAGAGGAGAGCUGAAGAAGAGAAAAAAGCCCAGGAAGAGAGAGUGAAGAAGUUGAAAGAAGAAGAAGAGAGAAAGGUGGAAGAAGAAAGAGCAAGAAAAUCAAAAGAAGAAGAAGAUGAGAGGAAGGCUCAAGAAAGAGAGAGGAAGGAGCAAGAAGGAGGCAGCAAAGUGAAGAGGAGAAGGAAGCUUUCUAAAGAAAUUCCGGCGGGAGAAGGGGUCUUUCAUUUUAUUCUACACUCUUCCAGUCAAUAUCAUCGGCGGUCGCCGAUGAUUUCUGUUAAUUGAAUAUUCUAUUAAUUGAAUAAAAACAUUUUUCUGAAAGUGGA